AGACGAUGUAUGUUCAGUCUGCAAAAUUCCAAAUCGUCUUUAGUUUGCUUAGAGAAUCCACAAAUAUUUAUUAGCUUACCAAACAAGAAAGAAAAAAACAACAAUCUGUUUAUAUAUCGUUUAUAUAUACAUAACGAGUCUAUGGUGAAGAAUUGUAGCAAUUGCAAUUAUUUAUCAUAGAUUUCCGAUAACUGAUCAUGGGCCAGACACUAUCGGAACCGGUGACCACCAAGGAUUCGUCGCGAUGCUCCAACGCCUCGUUCCUAGUGGGCAGCAGUUGCAUGCAGGGCUGGCGCAUCGAGAUGGAGGAUGCCCACACCCAUAUACUAUCGCUGCCAGACGACCCGGCUGCCGCCUUCUUUGGCGUCUACGACGGGCAUGGCGGCGCGGCUGUGGCCAAGUUUGCGGGCAAGCACUUGCACAAGUUCAUCACCAAGCGGCCGGAGUACUUCGGCAGCUCCAUUGAGAUGGCCAUGAAGCGCGCCUUUCUUGACUUCGAUCGCGAGAUGCUGCACAAUGGCAGUUGGGGCGAACAGAUGGCCGGCUCUACGGCCAUUGUGGUGCUGAUCAAGGAACAGCGUCUCUACUGUGCCAAUGCCGGCGACUCGCGUGCCAUUGCCAGCGUGGGCGGCCUGGUGCGCCCCCUCUCCGUCGACCACAAGCCCAGCAAUGAGUCGGAAGUGAAGCGCAUUUUGGCCGGCGGCGGACGAGUCGAGAACAAUCGUGUGAAUGGCAAUCUGGCUCUGUCCCGUGCUCUGGGCGAUUUCAUGUACAAACGCAACACCAGCAAGAAGCCGGAGGAGCAAAUUGUUACUGCCGACCCGGACGUGAUUGUCUGUGACGUCAGCGACGACUGGGAGUUCGUUGUGUUGGCCUGCGACGGCAUCUGGGAUGUGAUGAGCAGCAUCCAGGUGGCCGAGUUUGUGCGCGAGCGCAUCGCGAUCGGCAUGCAGCCGGAUCUGAUCUGUGAACAUCUGAUGAGCUACUGCUUGGCACCGAACACCUAUAACUAUGGUCUCGGAGGUGAUAAUAUGACCGUUAUUAUCGUUUGCAUGCUGCACAACAAAUCCUACGAGGAACUGAUGGUGCGCUGUGGCGGCUCCAAGCCGGGUGGCGUUGGCGAUAUUGGUCCAUCUCUAAAGUGCCGAAACCUUCCACAAGCAGCCGCAACCUGGAUCAUGCCUGAUUUGGCAUCUUUGGAACUGGGAUUUGCAGACUUUGUUUCAUUUUUGUUAUUCGUUUGAAAUUAUUUUGGCAUGCCAUAUACAAUUCAGUCAAAGUUUCAUCAUCCACUUUUGCCGACAUAUAUUUUUGUACAUAUCCCACGACAUAUAUACAUAUAUAUAUAUGCGAAUAUAUAUGUGUGUGUACCUUGUUUUGGUUAGCAGAAGUUAUCAUCAGCUCUAUCUCCCAUCCUCUACCUACAGUAAUUAAGCAACAUUUCAAAUUUCAAGUCGGAUAUGCUAUUAAUAGUCAGUUA